AGAGCACGUGACGCUGAAGGGGUUUGUUGCUGUCACAGAUUUGUAAAGUGAAGAGCUGCGAGACGGAGCCGUCUGGAGCGCGCGCAGCAGAAAGAUGGAGUUGACGGCGGCGGGAGAUCAGGUUUUCGCCGCGGAAGCCAUCCUAAAAAGCCGCGUUAGAAAAGGUCAAAUCGAGUACCUGGUUAAGUGGAAAGGUUGGGCACUGAAACACAGCACAUGGGAACCAGAGGAGAACAUUCUGGAUGAUCGACUGAUCACAGGCUUCGAGCAGAAGGAACGAGAGCAAGAACUUUACGGCCCAAAGAAACGUGGACCUAAACCAAAAAACUUUGUACUGAAGGCACGAGCACAAUCGGGCGAGACACCUCGGAGCUCAAAUACCCGACGUACUCCACCUUGCACUACAGCGAGACCUCCCUCUGCUGCAAGACCACCUGCUUCAUCCUCUGAUAGUUCAGCAGCUCCUCAGCCUUCAUCAUCAUCCUCUUCCUCUUCUAUAGCUCCAACCCCCAGAGUUCACUCCCUAGCCGCUGCUCACAAACUGAAAAAGGACAUCCAUCGGUGCCACAGGAUGUCACGUCGUCCUUUGCCUCGACCUGACCCUCUAAGUGUCCCCUCAGGAUCCACCUUCUCAUCCCGUCCUCCCAUCUCCCCGUUCUCCGAAACAGUCCGCAUCCUCAACCGCAGGGUCAAACCGCGGGAGGUCAAGCGAGGUCGCAUAAUCUUGAACCUGAAGGUCGUUGAUAAAUCUGAAACUGGUGGAGUGGUCAAUAGAAGGGCGCCGCAGUCAUCGGCGGGACGGGGGAAAAUGCCAAUCCCAUCCCGAAAUCGGAUCAUAGGGAAAAGGCACGGAGACAUGCCCUACAGACCAUUUCAGCAUCCAAUGAAAAUGUUGGGCUUCCCAAUGUAUGGACAGCCUUUUGGGCUUCAUCCCGGUGGGUCAUUAUCUUCCACAGCCAAUGAAGGGUCUCACACCAGAGGUAAUCGGACAGGUGGAUGCCAGUCUUCUCCAGGUGCGCAGUACCAGCCUUCAGCUUCUCCAUCCAACUCCAGUGGGUCUAACGGCAGCUCUUCUUCACUUCCUCAAAACCAGCCCGCUUCUUCUCACCCUGAAACUUCUUCUCCAACUAAAUUGAGUUCUCAGCCGAACACCAACAAGUCCAGUCCUUCCUGUUCGUCGUCUUCAUCCGAAGAUGAAGACCAGGGUUCACGGGCUGGAAAACGGAAACUUCGGAAGCGACCACAGGCUGCUCGAGCUUCGGUCUGUCAGGUUAGUGACCACACUACCGCUUCACUUCCUGAGGAAAGUAGGGCGCCAAAAGAGGGGGACCCCGAUUGGCGCCCAGAAAUGGCACCCAAUGUAGUCGUGACUGACGUCACCACAAAUCUUCUCACUGUUACCAUCAAGGAAUUCUGCCAUUCCGGAGCGGGUUCUGAACCCUCUUCCCCUACCCGAGCCGAAAGCCCACUUUCCCCCACCUCAGCCGGCUCCUGAAUAAGCACACUUGUCCUUAACCACAUGAAAGCUUGCCAUAAUGAAAUUCAAUCCUUGUAAAAUUUGCCAUUUUAAAGAAAUGUAUUUUUUCAUAGUCAUAUUUAAGGCAAGGGCGCGUCUCCCAAACUCUACUGUUCAGUUGCACAUCAGCUUUGUUAUGAUGGUUUUGUAGUGCUUCAUGCUCUUCUUCCCCCUCUUUUUUUUCCCCAGUGAUCCUGUCUUUCCACAGCCUAGCCUUUUUGCCCAAAUGCACCUUCUUUUGUCACCUGCAGUCCUGUAGAGACCACCCUAUCCAUAUCUCCAGAAGUAAAGUUCAUCUGAUCUACCAGCUUUCAAACAAUCAUUCUCUCCAUCUAAGUAUCGGCAGCGGACUGACGGCACCAAGCCGUUUUUAACGUCUGGAUUUUGGAUUUUUAUCCACGCCAGAUGCAUCACACUCACUUCAUCUGAAGUUCAGACAGUCGUUGGUAAAGAUUGCGUUUUAAUCACACGGUGCGUGAUUUGGAUGCCGUGACCCAGUUUGCUCAGAAGAACCGUAGAUGAAGGCGUAAAUGUGACUAUUUUUGCACGCACAAAAGUCCUGAUGGUUAAGUUUAUUUUCUUCUGCUUCAACUUCACUCCAAUUUAGAUGUCCACCAAUUGACUGCAUCCAAAGUGUGGCAUUAUACGUCUUCAACUUAUUACUAGUUUUUCUUGGAGAAAUAUCUUCUCCUGUUUGCCUUCUGACUACAAUAGUUUGUACUAGUUACUACAAUAGUCACGUAUUUGUGAAAUACUGUCUCUGUGGGUCCGGUAACCAGCGGUAAUCUUUCGCAGAACUUGACUGAGGAGUUAAACAUCCUUUCAGAGACUUACACGAGUCUCUUCUGAAUCUACCAAAUGUAACAAAAUGCCUUGGUUGAUAAAAACCCUCUUGUGCACUGUCA